AUGAAUUACUCUACAGUGAACUUCAUGACACCUGAAACAAACCACACAACUCAGUCCAUUACAUCACUGAAAAGUCUGGAUAUCUUUUUGUACAGCAUCGGUUUCCUGUUUGGUCUUCCUACACACUCCUAUAUUAUAUGGCUCAUUGUCAGAGGAACAGGAAGUGGAGUUGCAUCAGAGUUUUUUAACCUGAAUCUCUCUAUUUGUGAAAUUGCCAACUCUCUGAAUGGUUUGAUAGCUGUACUGUCAUUUCAUUUAUCAAGUCUUUGGAUUUUAUCAAAUUUUUUGCAAGGAGUAGGCAUCACCGGUCGUCCUCUGUUUCAGUGUCUGAUCUGUGUUGAGCGUUACCUGGCGGUGGUUCAUCCUGUAACCUUUCUGAAGUACAAACCUCUCAGAUACAGAGUGAUCUGCUGCACUGUGGUCUGGAUAAUUAUUCUUGGCUCCUGUUUGGUCUGCCUAAAUAUACUGCUAAAUAUCAUGGUUGCAUAUCCUUGGUUCUUCUCGUUGCAGUUCCUUGUCUUCCUCUCCAUCCAGUUGUUUUGUCUCGUGGCUGUUCUCAGAGCUCUGAAGCAGUCAGGACCAGGAGAGAGAGGGAGAGAGAGAAAAGAGGAAAACCACAUGAAGAGAAAAGCAUUUGAUCUAGUUUUGAUAACAACUGGAAACUUGGUUAUUAUAUAUGUUCCACUUACCAUAACUGGAUUCUUUUACAUUACGAUGAAAAACGUUAGUUUGCCUCUUUGGGUAAUUGGCGUGGUUUCUUAUAUUCUGGCUGGUUUUGUUCAGCCUGUUCUUUAUCUGCACAGAGCUGGAAAACUCUCCUGUCUCUGUUGCUCAUAG